AUGGCUUCAAGUAAAGCCACCGAUGCUGCUUCAUCCCGGCUGCCUGGGACAUUGACCAAGCUCCCUCCUAUUCCCAAUGGCGCCCGCGUCGAGAAGCGGCCCCUAACUAGGCGGCAGCCUCCGGCAUCGUCCAAAUCGCGCAUCAUCUACGUGUCCUCGCGCACGCCCUUUGUGGCCGUCGUCAAGCGGGUGCGCAAGCAACUCGACGCCUCGCUGCAGACCGUCGGCGCCGCGCCCAAGAGCGCGUCGGUGCACUCGCGCAUCCAGGCGCUGGAGCGGAUGGGCGGCGAGAUCCAGGGGGACGGCGGCGUGGUUACUGUCAUGGGCACAGGGCGCGCCGUCGAGAGGACGCUGGCCGUGGCGAGCUGGUUUGAGCAGCAGGACGAUUGUCUCGUGGAGGUGCGGACGAGGACGGUGGGGACCAUUGACGACGUGGUUGUCGAGGAUGGGGAUGUUGAGGAUGCGAGCCGGUUAAGGAAGAUGAGCUGUUUGGAGGUGACGGUUAAGCUCAAGUGA